AUGAUGAACCCGGAGAUGAUUCGACUAGCGGAGGAGCAGAUGCGGCGCAUGUCCCCCGACGACCUCGCCAUGAUGCAGCUGCAGCUCGCGUCCAACCCCGACCUGGUAAAGCUAGCAUCCGAGAGCACAAGGAACAUGACGCCUCAGGACCUCAAACUUGCCGCUCAGGAGCUGAACCAAACAAGGCCAGAGGAGAUGCUUUCCAUGGCUGAGAAGUUCGCCACUGCUAAGCCCGAGGAGCUCACCGCCAUGAAGGCCCAAGGAGACGCUCAGAUCACAUACGCCACAUCACGUGCCAAGACGGUAAAGCAGCAUCGGAACCAGCUUCACGGCCGUGGGCGGUACACCGAGGCUGCUGCCACUUACAAGCUCGCCAAGGAUAGCUUGAAGAAUGUGCCGUCGGCAGCCGCGCAUACAUUGAGGGUGGAGUGCAGCCUUAAUCUGAUGUACUGUUACCUGAAAUUGGGCAGGCUUGAAGAUUACGUAAACAAUGGUUCAGAUGUUCUUCUAGCUUGCGAUGGCUCCAGCAAGUUCGCCAAGGCGUACUACCGAAGGGGUCAAGCGUACAGAGGGCCGGGGAACCAGCUGCAGGCUGCCGUCACUGACUUGAGUAAAGCCCAUGAAAUCUCUCCCGAGGAUGAAACCAUUGACGAGGUCCUGAGAAACACACAGGGAAAACUUGCAGCUCAAGGAAAUCUGCCAAAAGGAGUUGUUAUUGAAGAGGUUGUAGAAGAAAUUCCAACCUUCCAACCUUGGUCUUUGCAAAUUCUAGGGGAGAGCCAUGAUAAAAUAGUAGUAAAAAACCAAUGGAUGGACCAGUCUCCAUCCACCAGUUCCCUGCCUUCUAUAGCUGACAUGCAAGAAGCCGUGAGAAAAUCCUUGGAAGACCAUGCCACGCGGCAAAUGUUUGUGUCCAUGAUGGAGAACAUGAGUCCUGAUGUUAUGGCGGACUUGAGUCAGAAGCUCAGCAUGAAGCUGUCCAAGGAGGAUGCCGCCAAAGGUCAACAAGCUAUGCCUUCGUUAUCUCCAGAAGGUCUAGACAGAAUGAUGAGAUGGAUGGGCAGAGCACAGCGAGGAUUAGAAGUACCAAACAUGAUAAACAACUGGCUCCUGUCUGGCGGGAAGGGCUUGAUCAUUGCCAUUGUCAUGCUGAUCUUGGCCUUGAUCCUCAUGCGGCUUGGAUUUAGUGGCAAAUCCACCUUAUGGGUGUGUAGUCAAUUAACUACAUGGCUUUUUGCAAAAACAAAUAAAUACAAGUAA